AUGGGAGUUCCGCAAACGUCCCGUAAUGAUUCCGAUAUCGUACCUCGAAUGAAAACAAGUCGAGAGCUUGCGUACGUAAGUGCACUGAACAUUAACAAAUCUCAUAUUGGUGAAAUCGUGUCCGGGAGGAAUAUAACAGAAUCUAAGCUACUGGAAACCAGGCUGGAACUUCUAGAAAAAGACAAACGAGUUCUGGAAAAAGAACACUUUUGGAAGCAGAGGCAAUUUUUCAUACACAAUGUGUUCGACAAGGAUCGCCGUCUAAAGUAUGCCGGUAUUGCCAAUAAGAUUUCCGAGGUAAAGAAGGACCAAGAGAAAUCCAGAACAGCCUCUAAACUUCCUAGCAUUUCUAAGUCUGCAAAAUAUGACGUCUCACUAACUAAGCAUUUCUUCCCGGGGAAAAUUGAUCAAAGAAAGAGUGUUAAUUAUAAACUCGUACUGCAUGGACAAGAGAAACUAAGAGCAGCAGUGAACGCAUUUCAAGCUGCACUAGAAAUUCGUAAACGUUAUUUAGAGAAGAAGAAAAAUGAAGGUCUAGAAAAAGAACAGAAUAGUGAUUUAGAAGACGAAAGACAAGAAGGCAAGAGUACCAACAAAGAUGGUGAAGUUGAUUCUACUGACAGGUCCAUCUCCGAAAUUCAAAAAAGCAAUUUCAUCAAAUACGUUGUGAAAAAUUGGAAAAGCUAUAAAAAGUCAGAGACACACUCGACACAAACAAACAAAAUUUCCAAAGAAACAAUAAAACAAGCAAGCAAUAGCAAAGAGUCCCAAGAAGGAAAGUUGCUUGGAAACCGGACACGUGACCGCCGUCGUCACUCCUUGGUGAAAACUGAAGAGGACAAAUUACUGCUUAAACUGGCCAUGACGCUUCCUCCAAACGUUUUGACGGAGGCUAACGACAAGUUAUCAGAUCUGAGUACUGUGUUGGGGUUCUCCUCACGAAAUGAGAGACUCCGUCAGCAGGCAGAGAGUGUAUUACACCGACCAGUCCUCACUGACCAAAGAUUUGUUAAUCUUCAGAAGACAUUAAUUAGGUCAUCAACAACUCACAACUGA